UUUCCGCGUUCACGACGGCCGAGCUGUUAUCAAUGACUCUCCAUGGGUGUGCAGGGCUUUACCUAAUGCAUCAUAUCUGUGUCUAUCAUUCUCUCCUCCGGCCGUGGCUGCUGUCUCCGCGCUGACUGAAUGAAGCUGUAACCAUCUGAGGUCCUCCUCCUCCUCCUCCUCCUCCUCCUUCUUCUCCUCCUCCGCCGCCUCUUAUUCUCCAUUGAGCCUGUCGUCGACCAGCGCGGUCGAGCUGGGGGGGAAUCCGGGGAAAGGGAGCCGCGGCGCCGCGCACCGGCCGACGGACGCCCCGCCGCGACGCGCCACCAACAUGCUCACCCGGGUCAAGUCCGCAGUGGCCGGGUUCAUGGGUGGGAUCAUGGCCGGGGGCAGCUCCGGCGGAGGCAACCCUGGUUCCGAGCUGCCGCUGAGAUUCCCAUAUAUGAGACCUGAGUUCCUUGGACUGUCCCCGGAUGAGAUCGAGUGCUCCGCGGACCACAUAGCCCGGCCCAUCCUCAUCCUGAAGGAAACAAGGAGAUUACCGUGGGCCACCGGAUACGCUGAGGUGAUUAAUGCUGGUAAGAGUGCGCUGAACGAGGACCAGGCCUGCUGCGAGGUGGUCGUAGCGAGAAGGAGGCCAAUGAGCUACUGCCCUCCCUCCACGCCCAGCAAGACCCCCACGGCAAAGAGACGCAACUCCCUGCCCAACGGAGAGGGCCUGGGGCUCCGUAUGGAGCACAGCAAGCUCGGCGAGGACAGUGAAGGACUGGUGUUCCACUACUGGGCCUUGUUCGAUGGCCACGCCGGUUCAGGUGCAGCAGUCGUCGCCUCCCGCCUACUGCAGCACCACAUCGCCUGCCAGCUCCAGGCCGUCAUCGAGAUCUUACGCAACUUAUCCUCCUUGCCCCCGACUGUUCUGGGCGAGGAGCCCGAAAACAACCCCUACCUCCAGGGAAACACCCCAGGCCCUCACCGAGCCCUGACCCGAGCCGCUUCCCUGCGGGGGGCCGCAGGUGCGCCAGGCUCCCCGUGCAACACCCCACCUCCACCUCGCUUCUUUACCGAGAAGAAGAUCCAGCACGAGAGCUUGGUGAUAGGAGCCAUAGAGAACGCCUUCAAAGAGAUGGAUGCCCAGAUUGAGAGGGAGAAGCAAGUCUACAACAUCACAGGAGGGUGCACAGCUCUCACCGUGGUUUACCUGCUAGGGAAGCUAUAUGUUGGGAACGCAGGUGACAGCAGGGCCAUCAUUAUCAGAAACAAUGAGAUCAUCCCCAUGUCGACAGAGUUCACACCAGAAUCAGAGCGACAGCGACUGCAGUUCCUGGGUUUUAUGCAGCCUCACCUGUUAGGAAAUGAGUUCACGCACCUGGAAUUUCCCCGGAGAGUUCAGAGGAAGGAGGUGGGCAAGAGGAUGCUCUACAGAGAUUUCACCAUGAAUGGAUGGGCAUACAAGACCAUUGAGGAUGAAGAUCUCAAGUUUCCACUCAUAUAUGGGGAAGGGAAAAAGGCACGAGUGUUGGCCACCAUCGGUGUGACCCGUGGGCUCGGUGACCAUGACCUCAAAGUUCACGACUCCAACAUCUACAUCAAGCCGUUCCUGUCAUGUUGCCCUGAGGUUAAGGUAUAUAACCUGACGCAGUAUGAGCAUGGGGCCGAUGAUGUUCUGGUAAUGGCAACCGAUGGCCUCUGGGACGUCCUCUCCAACCAGGAAGUAGCCGAAGCCGUCACCACAUUCCUAGCCAACUGUGACCCUGAUGACCUACACAGGUACACAAUGGCAGCACAAGACCUGGUGAUGCGAGCGCGUGGCGUGCUGAGGGACAGAGGCUGGAGGAUCACCAAUGAGCGUCUGGGCUCCGGAGAUGACAUCUCAGCCUUCAUCAUACCGCUGAUGUAUGGCAACCGUCAGCCCUGAGGAGCCUGAGGACAAAAGAUGCUGCGGUUCAAUUACCUGAAGGGCUCGUAGGCUCUUAAACCAACAGGACUGAUUUAAAUUGCGAAUCCCCAUUCAGUUUUCCUCAGUGCCGUUUGCACAUUUAUUUUUCUUUCUUAGACCAAGGAUAUCCUAACGUUUGGAUAUUUAGAUUUGUCGGUGUUUCAUAUCUCUAUAGGAGUUCGGGUGAGGGGGACAUGAUCGUCAGCUCUGCUUUUUAAUCCAUUUUUGAAAGCCUCAAAAGUCAGAAAAACAUAAAAAUUUCGACACAUGCUAAUUUGAUUGAAUAUGUGUCAUGAAAAAAAUUGUCAAGAAAUAAUUUGGCCUGUUUAAAGUGAUGGAGGAAAAACCUUGACUGCCCCCAACUUCUGCAGAGAUAUGAAAGCUGAAAAAGACGCUCGUCCAAAGCGAAGAAAAGACCUCUUUUCUUUCUGUUCUUACCUCUCUUGCAGUGCUACAUCACCCCCCUUCCUUCUCUUUUAGUCCUCUCCUCUUCUCCUAUACUGUACAGUCAACUUGUUUAUAAAAGAAGAAAACCCUCCUCCUUCUCGUGACCAUGGACCGAGCUGAAGGGUCAGCUGCACUUUCUGUUUUGCCACAGUGUGGCUUCGAAGGAUUCACUUGCUGAAGAACUGCUUCCAGAUUGAGACUGAUUGAAGCCAUGAGAUUUUGAACCCGUGUUGCUGUUCCCAUUUUGAGCAUCUUGUUGUCAUGUUCGGAGGCUUGCAGGUGGUAAGAGCCCAGGAGGCCUGAAAUCUUUUGUCGCAUAGAAAGUUGGCCGGUGUUUGACUGUUUCACGUGCAAUCACUUAUCAUGUUUCUGAGAAUGUGGAUGCAAAAGAAAGGAGACAAGGACCUGAAGUUGAACACAACACAGUAGCAGGACAAAUCGGUAGUCAGUUUUACUGUAGGAGACAUUUGGACUUGUCAAAGUAGGAAAAGCACAGGUGUAGUUAAUGAAUUUAAUGAUGGCUGAAUUCCAUCUAGCUGCUUUGAUUUCAGGUUCCUGAUAUCGUGCAUGCUGGCUCACUGGAAAACUUGAAUAGAAGAGAGCUAUCAGUGAUAUUAUGCUGCAAUCCAUUGCAAGUCUGGUGUUGAUAAUUCUCUAUAAUUUUGAGUCAUUAUUUCCGACUUCCGAUCUUAAUGCGUCCCAGUGCAUCCCCAUGGGAAAACAUGGACACCCACAGUAAACUGAUGUCUGUAUGGCAAGUCUCUGAGCUGCACAAGCAUCUACAGAGGACCUACAUCAAUUACCACAGUGCUAUUAGCAAAGGGAAACGGUGCAUAAAACUCAUUCAGAUAAUGUUUACACAGCUCAAAAUUGUGUAAACGUGGGUGCUGAGUAUAAUAGUGUGAACCACUACAGCCAAUACAGAAUGACGUGUGCAUUUGUUUUGUGUGGACAGAGACGGAGCUAUGCCUGCUAGCAAAAACCUCUAUCAAGCACAUAUCAACUGACUACGGCAGCUACAAUGUUGUUACAUAACGUUUCACAACACAAACCAUGUUGAGGUGAUGUCAGGUGUAUUUAUGUUGGCAAACUCAGGCUUGAUUGAUCUUGCCCGAGUUUUGGACUUAACGUUACAUGACUGUUCCAUUGCACUUUAAGUUCCCAGUAAAAUGGAUUGCAGCAUCAGUAACGUUAACACCUGUGCUUUUUCGAUAAUGACAAGUCAAAAUGUCUGCCUUGAGAAAGGCCUAUUAGCAGUCGUGGUUAUGGGGUUUUAACUUGGCUAGAUGUUUCACGAACUGACAGGUUUGUGAAACAUUCAUUCUUUAUCACUUAGGGAAAUAAACUUGCUUUUUUAGCUGAGAGUUAGAUGAGAAGACCAAUACUAUCAUUACUAUCUGUGCGUUUGGGGACCGUUAGCUUAGAUAGCUAACAACUUGAAGCGGGGGGAAAUACCUCAUGCCUCUUCCCAAAGGUUAAAGAGUUCUGAAAACCUUAAAAUUAACAUAUAACAGGGGCUGGAAAUACACUACACUUUGUUUUUUGUUUUAUUCAAGAAAAGAAAUAUUAAAUGUUUGCUUGUUAGCUUCAUAGGUUCUGUAAGGCGUCAUUGGACAGAGCCAAGCUAGCUCUGUUUGCUAUUUUUGCUGAGAGCUAGAUGAGAAGAUCGAUACUAUCUGUGCGUUUGGAGACCGUUAGCUUAGCUUAGCUAACGACUUAAAGCAGGGGGAAAUAGCUAGCAUGGCUCUCUCUAAAGGUAAAAGUGCUCUCAAAACCUUAAAAUUAACAUAUAACAGGGGCUGGAAAUACACUACAUUUUGUUUUUUGUUUUAUUCAAGAAAAGAAAUAUUAAAUGUUUGCUUGUUAGCGUCAUAGGUUCUGUAAGGUGUCAUUGGACAGAGCCAAGCUAGCUCUGUUUGCUAUUUUUGCUGAGAGCUAGAUUAGAAGAUCAAUACUAUCAUUACCAUCUGUGCAUUUGGGGACCAUUAGCUUAGAUAGCUAACAACUUGAAGCAGGGGGAAAUACCUCAUGCCUCUUCCCAAAGGUUAAAGACUUCUCAAAACCUUAAAA